AUGAGUGCCAAGCCUCAUAUUAGAAAUUAUUUGCGGCCUCUUUGCCUUGUGGGUCUGUUCAUCAUUGGCACCCUUUCUCUGAACUGUAACUUCCUGAAUGUCCACCUUAGGAGAGUCACUUGGAAAAAUCUCAGCCUACUGAGUAAUAUGAGCAAUUCACUUCCUGAAGAAUGUCUACGAGAAAAGAAAGCUUUUGCAUUGCCCAAAGAGGUCCUAUUACACACCCAGUCUGUGAAAAGGGACAUCAAGGAAGCCUUCUAUGAAAUCUCCAUACAGGCCUUCAACAUCUUCAGUCAAUACACUGUGAAGUCCUCUUGGGAAGAGCAACACCUAAGACAAAUCCAAGCUGGACUUGGUCAGCAAUUGCAGUACCUGAAGCAAUGCUUAGAAGAGGAAGAGAAGGAAAAUAAAGACCUGAAAGCUAUGGAAGGUGAUGAGAUUCGACACUCAAAAGCUACAGUUCCCCAGCUAAGCAGCCUAGAACUGAAGAAAUACUUCGCCAGGAUAGACAAGUUCCUGAAAGGGAAGAAGUAUAGUCAUUGUGCCUGGAAGAUAGUUCUUAUUGAAGUCAGAAGAUGUUUCUACUACUAUCAGAAAUCCACAGCACUUCACAUGAGGAAAUAA